GAGAUCAUCAAACAGUUGUCGACUGAGGGCUUCCGCGUCGACGACUUGCCCGAAGAGAUGGUAGACUACUGUCGACUACUGCGUCACACGCGCUACAAGUCUAUGAGACCUAUGAAUACGUCCUCGGCCUACACGGAACCCAUAUUUGGCUCAAUACUGGAGCUCUCGUACGCCGAGUGGCUGAACCAGUGGCUGACGGCGCUGUACGAGUCGUUCAUAUUGAACAAAGAGAAGGACUGCGAGCAGAGUCAGCUCCACGAGAACCUGUCGCAGGUGUUGGGCCCGUCAGCACCGGGAGGGCCGCCAAACUCGCAGCGCUCAGAGGCCUUCGAGCGCGCCCUGAGCUCGGCGUUGAGCCGCAAUUCAAUUGCGCCGCGACUCUUAAGCGUCACAUUCCUCGCUCAGUUGCGUAACCAAAAUGUGGCACAAUUUCUAUUGCCAUAUGUGGUGAUCGUGUCGCUCAAGAACGCCACUCACGAGCAGAGGAAAUACAUUGUCAACGAACGGCGAAACGGACCAUAUGUGGUGAUCGUGUCGCUCAAGAACGCCACUCACGAGCAGAGGAAAUACAUUGUCAACGAAGUCAAGACCAUUAUCGCGGCGCUGACCACCGAUGAGUCGAUAUUUAGCGGCGAAACGGGACACCUGUCCUCUCAAACGGUGUUUCAUAUCUACGAUUAUCUCAAGAUAUGGCACAAAAAGCGCAUACAUUUGCACAAAAACGUGUUGUUGACGCCCCCGCAGCAGACGCCCCGACACGUGACGCCCCGGGAGCUGAGGACCGCCCAACUGAAAGACAAGGAGUUCCGCGGCGUCGACUACUUCCUGAGAAACAUAUCGACUAAAGAGUUGGCUAUACUUGCGUUCAAAUGCAAAGCCUUUUCCCGAGCACUGAGAUAUCUGGAGGAAUACAUUCGCGGCGACGACACCCUAUUUCAGAAGGAGAUGCAAUUCUUGCAGCAGAUAUUCCUAGGGCUGGACGACCCGGACUCCGUGGACGGGUGUAACAGCCGGCGCGUGGAAACGCCUACCAUUGACGAGCGUAUACUCAUUCACGAGGCCAUGGGUCAGAUCCAGGAGGCGAUGCUGUGCUGCGCCAAAGCCGUCGAGCAUAACCCCCAGGACUUCUCACUCCAGCAGAAGUAUUUGCAGACAUCGAUGAAUAACUUCGAUCAGUCGGAACAGGUGUACACAUAUGGCUGCGGUCUUAUGCACCGGAGGCCCGAGUGGAGGGACCGGUUGGCGCCGUACGUCAUCGAAGCCGUCUGGAAGUUAGGCGAUUGGCGCCAAUUGGAGCAAAUGGUCGACAAAUACCCGGCCACUUGUCUCACCACAUUUGGCUCCUGUGUUGGCGACCUGUUCUCAUCGAUAAUCACCCGUAAAGAGAGCGACUUCGAGGAGAAGCUGCAGAACUUGCGCAGAGGACGGGUAGGCCCCCUGUCGGCGGCCGCUAUAGAGAUCAGUGGCUACGUGCGGGGGCACCAGUAUGUCAUUGAGUUGCAUAUUCUGAAUGACAUUCAAUUGAUUUAUCAUAAGCUGAUGGCAGAGCUCGACGAAGAGGUGUCGCCCAUAGACUCGUUGAAAGACAGGUUUCAGUCAGUGGUCGAGGUUUGGGAUCAGAGGAACGAUUUGGUGCGAAAGACCAUCAAAUGUCAGGAACCGGUGCUCAACGCCCAGAGAGCUAUGCUCUCAAUACUGGCUCAACGGGCGCACAAUACGGACCUCUCGCUGGACAUCAAGAAAGCGUUGUUCAAGUCGUGGCUCAUGUCGACGAAGACUUCGCGCAAAUCCGGAAACAUUCAGAGGAGUUAUACGUUUUUGUUGGAAAUGAACAAAAUUAGGGACUCUUUGUGUCUAACCUUCGGCGACGGCACUCACGAGUCGACCGUCAGUUCAUUGACUGAUUUGGAGAACUCGCAGGCGAUCCUCGAAACGGCCAAAAUCGAGUGGAAUAAGAGUCAAAUAGGUGCCAUACAGUACCUGAAGAACCAAAUCGAGCAGAACUAUCAGUCGUCUGUGAACUACUGUUUCCAGAGAGCGGUGACUAAUCUGAACGAAAGCUUCUCGGCUGAAGAGCUCCUGGAGAUCAAGAACUCGAUGUCGUACGGGAGCUCAUCGAUACCCAGCUAUCAGUCGUCGGCCACAACGACAGGCAGUGAUGUGUCGAUUCGAGACCAGACGGCCGACGAGGCGUUCGCCCGACUGCAGCUCCUGUACGCGAAAUACUGCGACCAAAACGGACUGUUAAACCAAAACAAUUGGCGAUUCUCUACAAAAUCGUGA